AUGUAAAUUCUGAUAAUUCAUUUUAAUCAAGUUAAAUCGUACUAUCUAUAAAUUAUUCCACAUAAUUUAUAAAGAAUUUAUUCCACUUCUACGCUCCUUAUCACUUUAUAAUCACUAGUCUACCUUCCUAAACAACCUGUAAUUCGCGAAUUCGUGAAAUCUUAGUAAAAAUCCAAGCCUUAGAGACUUCAUAUCUAUUAAUAGACCAAAUAAAAUUAUAACGUAAGCUAUUAUAUUCAUACAUAAAAACCAUCACUCAUCAACAAACUUCAAUCCCUAAGUACUCGUGUAGAAAGAUGAAAAUUUAAUGAGUAAAUGACCAGAAAAGAAAUGUCCAAUUUGAUAAGAAUAAAUGCAGAAUUAGAGUAGAAAUGAGAGGAGUUUGAAUUUAGAAAAUUAGACGCUGAAAAAUAAAUAGAUG